AUGCCUCCAAAGAAGCAGAAGGCAAAGCGUGAGCGGGGGUUGCGCGACGAUGAGGGUUUUCAUACGCCCGGUCGCUCCCCUAUUGUAACGCGAGAAGCCGCCAGGGCCAAGCCGAAAUUGGCCGACGCGCCAAGCGAGAAGUCGUCGCCUAGCAGCGUCUUCUCGGAAGCAGUGGCAGACGACGGAGCCGCGGAGCACAUGAUUAGUUCCGGGAAGUCAGUGAAGGCAGGUUCACAGCGAACCACGUCAUCCAUGCGCGAGACAAAGCGCGCCCUGUUGCUGAAGCGCCUUGCGGACGAGAAGCAAGCAGCCAAGGAGGUCAUUGACGCGCAAUUGCAAGCGAAGAUACAAGCCAUCGAGCUUGAUAAGCAUUUCGCGGAAGAGCAAUUCCGUAUUGAGGCUGAUCUUCUGGAGGAAGAAAGUGUUGCCAGUCAAGCCGCAAGUGUGGCGUCGGCGAAAUCAAAUCGACUACGUAAUUGGAUUGCGAACACCGAUAAUGCAUUCCAAGCUGAAACCAGGCCGGUCGCGCAAGCAGAAGAAUCGCCAAAUAAUUGGGACCUUCGGCGGGACCAGGUGGCGGCCAGAAGGGCUCUGGCCAAGGAACUGCCAGCCUUCACAGGAAAGCCGGAAGAAUGGCCGGCCUUCUACGCAAGCUACAGAUAUUCGACUCAACUGUGCGGUUACAGACCGGAGGAGAAUCUGCUAAGACUGCAGCGAUGCCUCAAGGGUGCUGCCCUGGAAGCGGUCCAGGGCAGACUCAUAUUGCCCGAGUCGGUGCCGCAAGUAAUAGAAACGCUGAGGAAAAGAUUCGGACGGCCAGAAUGGUUGAUCCAGGCCCUCAUUGAAAAGGUGCAGCAAGCUCCCACACCAAAGCCGGACAAACUUGGGACGAUCAUCAAGUUUGGUAACGCAAUACAGGGACUAUGCGAUCACAUUAGGGCAGCGGAUUUGCCGGAGCAUCUUCAAAAUCCCUGUCUUAUGCAGACCCUCGUCGCCAAGUUACCACCGGAAUAUCGUAUGAGGUGGGCGGCGUUCCGCCGUGGGAAAACCGGUUCCAGCUUGGAGUUGUUCGCCGAAUACAUGGGCGAAAUAGUGGAUGAUGCUAGCUGUGUGGAACCCUACGAGGCCAAGGAGGAUAAUGCCCUACAUCGAGAUGCGAGGGGGCUAAGGGCAAACAAAUCGGCGCAAUCCAGCUUCAAAAGCUUCGCGGCCAUGGCGAAGCCGGGGCCCAGAUGCGCCAUGUGCAAAGAGGAGCAUUGGAUUCAGCAAUGCCCUAAAUUCCUGUCCCAGCAACCGGAACAAAGGCGUCGAACCAUCAUGACGCUGAAACAUUGCCUCAACUGCUUGCGUGCAGGGCACAUGUGUGCCAAAUGCCCGUGGAAAUAUGGCUGCAAGCAGUGCAAGCAACGCCAUAAUUCACUGUUGCACACCGGCAGCCGUGCAGCGGAGCCCAAUUCUGCAGUGAUCAUCAACAACGACGAAACGACGACGAGCGUCGAGCCGCCAUCAGAGUUGUCAGUUAUCAGCGCGAUGGCGGUUAAUGCGGGCAGUGUGGUGCUCCAAACGGCCAUAGUGAACAUCAUCGAUGCGUUCGGGGUGGCGCAUCCGGUUCGUGCUUUGUUGGACAGUGCUUCCCAACCCGAUUUGAUAACAGAACAGCUGGCAAAACGCCUUCAGCUACCUAUGGCAAAGGCCAAUAUUGCGUUGGAAGGCGCCGGACAGCACAUCAGCCCGGCAAAGGGCACGGUUUUCACAGAGUUGAAAUCACGCCACGAGGAAUUUUCGCUGAAAGUUCAAUUCUUAGUGAUGGGCAAACUAGUAUCAAAGUUACCUUCUUGGGAUUUGAAGCUCCCAAAGGUGUCAUUGCCACCCAAUACCAGGCUAGCUGAUCCCUGGUUUAACAAGUCGCAACCUAUCGACAUUAUAUUAGGUGCGCGGCACUAUCCUCAGUUCUUCAGUAACCAGAAAAUGGCGCCGCAUCCACACUACCCAGUGCUCUUAAAUAGUGUCUUUGGCUGGGUAGCCACCGGUCCAGUUGGAGCCGAAUCUGCAAGUUCAUCGGUCCGAGUAGACAGUGACAUUAAUCCGCCGUGCAUGGUAUCACUUGAAGCAGCAGUCGAGAAAUUCUGGGAAAUGGAAUCAGUGGAAAUUAGGACAAAUUAUACGCCAGAGGAGCAAUACUGCGAGGAGCUUUUCAAAUCCUCAACACGUCGUGACGAGGAAGGGCGUUAUAUCGUGAAGCUGCCGCGCAAGCCAGGCAGCGACGCUAUGAUUGGUAACAGUAAAAAGACUGCAUUACGUCGGUUUGAGCUAUUGGAAAAACGACUGGAUCGAAAUGCGGAGUUAAAAUGUGAUUACCAUCAAUUCAUGCACGAGUACUUGGACAUGGGACACAUGCACCUAUUAUCCCCAGAAGAAGAGAGCAAGCCAUUAUGUUCUUACUAUUUACCACAUCAUCCGGUGUUCAAACAAGAUAGCACUACAACCAAGGUUCGAGUGGUCUUCGAUGCAUCAGCUAAGACUGCUAAGGGUUAUUCCCUGAACGAAGCCCUUUGCAUUGGACCUGUCGUCCAGAAGGACCUAUUAGAUAUCGUCAUGAGGUUCCGUACCUAUAAGGUCGCACUAAUCGGUGACAUUGCGAAAAUGUAUCGCCAAAUAUUAUUGGAUGAGUCGGAUCGAUCGCUAGUUCGAAUAAUGUUUAGAUUCAAUCAAGAGGUACCGAUCCAAACGUAUCAACUCAACACGGUCACGUACGGCCUCGCACCAUCAUCUUUCCUCGCUACAAGGACGUUGCUGCAGUUAGUGGAGGAUGAGGGAUCGGAGUACCCAGAGGCUGGGGCCUCGAUACGCGACAAUUUCUACAUGGAUGACUUCAUUGGUGGUGCUGACAAUGAAGAAGAUGCAAUCCAUUUGCGAAAAUCAUUGACAGAGCUGCUCGCGAAAGGCAAAUUUGAAAUUCGUAAGUGGGCUUCGAACCAGCCAGAAGUUCUUGAAGGAUUGAGAGUGGAAGAGGUGGCUACACGAGCUACAGUAAGCGUUGGUCACAGUGACACAAUUAAGGCGCUAGGCAUAUGUUGGAUGCCAACAACAGACGAAUUAUAUUUCAAGGUGGCUGCAGUAAAUCACAUCGACACUCCCACUAAACGGAGUGUGCUAUCGAGCAUAGCAAAACUGUUCGAUCCCCUGGGCCUGUUGGGUUCAAUUGUUGUGAAGGCCAAGAUUGUCAUGCAGCAGCUGUGGCUGGCGAAGGGAGAUUGGGACGAUCCUAUUCCGAAUGAGCUGGCUCAACAGUGGAACCAAUUUCAUUGCAAGGCAGGGAGCAAGGGAUCGUGCUGCUGCCAACAAGAACCAACAUCCCAAGAAGCAGAAUGCAACCAUCAGAUGCAACUGAGGGUACAGCAGUUCUGGAAGCACUGGAAGAGCGAAUAUCUACAGGAGCUGCAGAAGGAUACGGUGCGCGCGUCCCGUAACAAUGGAAUUCGCCUUGGACGUAUGGCGAUCCUGAUCGAUGAGAUGCUGCCUGUUACGCGUUGGCCUCUGGCUCGUAUUACUAAGAUCCAUCCAGGGAAGGAUGGGAUUCCGCGGGUAGAAUAA